AUGGCCGACACAAACGGCAGCGCCACCGCCGGCGCCGCAGCAGACGCAGACUCGCAGCAGCCCACCUCCUCCUCCGCCGCCGCCGCAACCACCACCACCGCCGGCGCCGGCGCCGCCGACGACCCCACAAAACAGCCGGCGACGGACGCCCCCCCGGCGGGAACAAGGAAGCCCCGCGACGCAAGAAUCAUACACCUCAUCCUGGCGUCCAUGGGCGUGUCGUCGUACCAGGAGCGCGUGCCGCUGAUGCUAAUGGAUUUUGCCUACCGCUACACGUCCUCCGUGCUCCAAGACGCGCUCCUCUUCUCCGACGCGAUCCACAGCACCACAAACACGGGCGGGCCCAACCCGCCGUCGUCGGUGACGCUGUCGGACCUGCGCAUGUCGGUUGCGUCGCGCAUCAACCACCAGUUCAACACGGCGCUGCCGAAGGAGUUUCUGCUCGACAUUGCGCAGGAGCGCAACCGCGUGGGGCUGCCGACGGUGGGGAAGGAGUUUGGGGUGCGGCUGCCGCCGGAGAAGUAUUCGCUGACGGGGAUUAGCUGGGAGCUGGCGGAGACGAGGGAGGAUUGGAUGGCGGAGAGUAGUGGCGAGGAGGAGGAGGAGGGGGUGGUGGCGGGCGUGGGGAUGGGGGUGGUGGGGUUGAGGGGGGUGGGCGGCGGGGGUGGGGGGGGGGAGAUGGAGUUGGAUGAUGCGGCGGAUUUGUUUGCGGAGGAGGAGGAGGAUAGUAGUAUGGUGGAUGCGUAG